AUGACAACUCGCGUACUGGAAACACCAAGAUAUCCGGAGUUAAACCUCCGGAUAUACCAGGACAACGGUUCUCUUCUUGCCGCAAUGCUAAUCCCAACGGAACAACGGCAUCGAUAUAUAUCUGGUGAAAUGUUAUAUCGGUAUUGUUCAUUGAUAUUCCUCUUUCCCGAGGAGAAGAACUGGGGAAUCUUUAGAUUGCUUAAGACCGGCGCAACAGGAGGUAUACUCCGGUCUAGUGGCCGUACCUCAGUGAACCCUGGCGACUACAUUGUUCUCGAUCAAGAUCAAAACCCCAUCACUGUCAAUUUGACAACCAACAGUGCGCCACGCCGCAUUAGAACCCAUGACAUCAGUCCCAAAUCACAGGGCUACAGUGAAUGCGACCAGCUGCAAAUCAAAUUCCGCAACAGCCUCCGCAAAAGAGAUGAUCGCUGUGCAAUUACCGGGAGGAGCGCGGCACGGACACUUGAGCAACCUUUCCUCGGCCUCGAAGCUACGCAUAUAUUCCCCGUGAGCAUGCUAGGGGAAUGGACAAAACAGGGAUACAGGCAGUACAUUACCGACACUCGCCCAACUAGUGAGAUUGGAGAGUCUGGUCUCUAUUCUAUCCAGAAUGGGCUCCUCCUCGGUGCAGAAGUUCAUUGUCUGUUUGAUCAAUUCCAACUAGGAGUUGAUCCCGAUGCGGAUUACAAGAUUAUCGUAUUCGCACCGGAUCCCGAGGGAAUGGGCGGUAAUCGUCUCAGAAGCUCUGCCCGAUGUGGGACCGAGUGCGUGAGUGCCGAUCUCCUUCGUUGGCAUUUGCGUAUGUGCCUGUACAAAGCUCUAAAGGCCAAUGCAGAACUAGAGCCAAUAUGGGAAGAGGAUCUUGGAGAAGAUCCAGUGGCCAGCAUUCUCGAACAACCAGAUGCGGCUGAACGAAUGGAAGUUGAGCUUUUCACACGCUUGGGAGGACAAAUAGCGUGA